UUGGCGAACAACGUCACUUUAAGCUGUCUUCAUUAUUACUCGGACCGUAAAAUCCACGAUUUGUGUCCGUACGCGUAUUUUACGCAUUUAAAUCUUAUUAUUUCAACUGAAACAUUUUAAAAUUAUCACUUACCAGCUGAACUUGAUAAGCUAAGCUUCUUGUGGAGAAGAGGAGUUAUGGAUAUGGUGUAUCUAGUGUGUUUGGCGCUGAGCAUCGGUGUUUGGUUCGCCUCUGCGGACAGACACAGCGUCUACUGGAACAGCUCGAACCCAAACUUCCUGUGGGAUGAGUACGCAGUGGAAGUGCAUAUCAAUGACUAUCUGGACAUCAUCUGCCCCCAUUACACCCACGGCGAGGUGUCAUUGCAUGCAGCUGAGCGCUACAUGCUGUACAUGGUGGAGAAGGAGGACUACGAGGUGUGCAAACCUCACUCCUUCGACCAGCUGCGUUGGGAGUGCUCGCGGCCGUUCGCUCCCCACGCUCCUGAGAAAUUCUCUGAGAAAUUCCAGCGUUUUACUCCCUUCACCCUGGGAAAGGAGUUCAGACAGGGAGAGAGCUAUUAUUAUAUCUCCAAGCCAAUGCAUCACCAUGGCCAGGAUUGUCUAAGGCUGAGAGUGGAUGUUGUUGGGCACAAAGGCUCUGGAAAGACCCAUUUAGAUAAAUCCAAGGCAGGUGAUACAGGGAAAACCAUGGAUGAAGGAAAAGGAAAGUUUCCUGCUGCUGGAGGAGUUCACAACCCCUCUAACCGGCUCCCAGCAGAUGACCCUGCUGUGAUGGAGCCAAACGUCCAGAGGAGCAUCGGCAGCUCAGGAGCACAGCUGGUGUCCCUUCCAAUCUUCUUUACAACGAUCCCAGUCCUAUUAGCCCUGCUGCUACACUAAGGCAGACCGAGACGCCAUAACAGAGACAAUGCUAAACCCGAUGCUGGUCAUUGGGACCAUGAACACUAAGAAAUUUUUUUAUAUACAGAUUUUUUUAUUUGAGCAUGGAGAGUGCCGUCAGUGUGUGUUUGCGUGUGUUUGUUUGUGUGAGUGUGGGACGUGGAUCGUUUCCAAAGACGAGGACCUCAAAGAUGUUUUUCUAUUACUUUGUUAUGAGGAUGGCAAUUGCCAUUUUUUAUCAUUUAAGAUGCACACUGUUUUUGAGUCAUAAGGAACAAAACUGCAAGCAAACAGAUCAAUAUACUUAAUGGAUUAAUGUCAAAUUGAAAAUGACAAGAGGACAUUGUCUUCAUUUUCCUGUGAAUUUAAAAUGCUCACAACAUAGGUACAGAUUUGCAUCAUGCUCCUCAUCUCCAACCAUUAAUGUCAUUAUUCUUCCUCUACAUGUAUAGAGAUUAUUAAGUCUGUGUAUUGAAAAUGUUGUCGUCUACGGCCAAAUUGGUUAUGUAGGAUUUUUGUCAUGUUGUUGUGUAGCACUCGACUGACUGUGAUACAGUAGGCUAUCUAUUUGAGUCUCUCAAAGCACCAUUGUCACAUUCACACUAUACAAUAUAUAAAAGCAGACAAUUUGAUUCAGGUCUGGCAGUUUAUAUGAACACCAUAGAAAGUAUCUGGCGUUACACAUCAAUUCAGUUAUAAAACAAUACAAGUAAACAAAUAGUCUAAUCCAGAUCAGUGGUUCUCAAUCGGGUUUUUUUGGCUCUUAAAGUGAUGCCCACUGCUCCUCAUGCAGAAAGUAUUAUUUUUGAAGUUUGUUUUGAAGUUUAUUUAAAGUUUUUUUGACAUUUGAUAGGUAUUUCAUCAGAAAAGUCAGACGGAAUGCAUCAGAAUUCAUUUGGAUCAAAGAAAUUAUAUUUAUUUGGUGUCAAAUGUCCUUGCCAGUCUAACGUUCUCAUGAGGUUGAGAGCCACUGAUCAAGAGAACAAAACAGACACAGGUUUUAGGGAGCUGAGCUUCUUCAGUACUUCUGGGUAUUCACUGAUUUCUAUACUGUCUUGACAGUAUCAUGGUACACUGGCUGAUGUGCAGAUGUGAUUUCACUUGCAUGUUGUCAAUCCUCAAGUUGAAGGGACUUCCCAGAAUGCAUUUACAGUUGUUUGUUUUCUUGUUGAACUUGCUUGUGUCAUUUUAUAAAUGUUUAUAUGUACAUUUGUAUAUACAGAAAAAUCUAACAAACCGUUUUAAGAAGUGAAACAUCUUUAGUGAAAUAAAAGAAUUGUGAUGUCA